AUGGCUGAACUGAUCUUGGACAACAUGCCUUCUGACAUCACUCCAAACAUCCUGACAUACUGCUCAGUCAUGAGCUCUUAUGUCAGGGUGCGACAGUGGCAGCGGGCUCUGCAAGUUUUUGGCAGGCUGGUGCGCAGCUAUCGCCCGAAUGCUGUAGCAUACACCUGUGCAUUCCAAGCUAUGGAGUUGGCCGGGCCAGAAUGGAGAGCCGGGCCCGCGCAGCGCCUGGCAGACCGAAUGCAGCAAGACUACCUGGAGCCGGUCGACGUUGUGAGCCUGGCUGCUGCGCAGCAGGCCACUGACGGUGCCGAGAUUCCCAUGGCGGAACGCACCUUCCAGCGAGAGGUUUUUGUCCCAGCGGUGCUU